GUUCUGUUUACAGAUGUCAAGUACCACGAAUAUAACCAUUAACAUGAAGAAAAAUUUAGUAUAGUUGCAGAGGCAUGUUAGGUUUAAGCUAGGGAUUUUUUUCACGGUCGGAUUCUCUCUGAUAGAAUUUCCGAGAUUGGAUGUUACUCGAAAGUGAAUUUUCUUCAAGCGAUCGUGGUUGACUUUGAAGCUAUGGGUCAACAAAUUGCGUUAAGAUUACGGUCUAAACUACAGGCGAUCUUCUUUAAGUUAGGGUGUUUCUGUCAGCGAAACUGUUGGGCUGUCCUUGCUGCUGGAUUUUUUAUUCUUAUUGGGCUGUCUGUUGGGAUCAUGACAGCAAAAAUUGAGACAGAUGUGGAAAAAUUAUGGAUGGAAGUCGAUGGAAGGCUAGAAAAGGAAUUACAAUACACAAAGGAUUCGGUUGGAGAAGGAGCAGGAACAACCAAUGAACUAAUAAUCCACGCUGCCAAUGAAGGCGGCGAUAAUAUCUUGUCCGUCGAUUCGAUGCAGGAGCAUCUUAAAGCAGUUCAAAAAGCAAUAGAAAUUAAGGUCGACGUAUUCGGAAAAACUUGGUCUCACACGGAUCUCUGUUACGUACCGGAAGUUCCAUCUUUUGAUAAUUCUUUAGUGGACGGGAUCAUAGCAGCCAUUAUUCCCUGGUUUAAGUUAGAAUGGAUAGAAAGCGACCCCAAAUCUCUUCUAACGCUGUUAGAUGUGUUUAAUAUUGAAGGCAAAGACGAAAUCACAGAUCUGUUUGUUAAGGCUGGUAUCAACAAAGGGUAUCAAGAAAAACCCUGCCUUGAUCCCACAGAGCCUAAAUGCCCGAGCACGGCUCCUAACUCUCCCUCGAAAACGGGAAACGAUAGGAAGGCACCAGACGUUAAGUCAGAGCUAAACGGAGGUUGCAAAGGCUUUGCAACGGAAUUCAUGCAGUGGGCUGAGGAGCUAAUCGUUGGUGGAGCAACAAAGAACAAUAAUACGUUAUCAAGUGCUAAAGCGCUUCAAACAAUUCUCGUUCUCACGGGCCCGCAAGGUCUGUACAAUCGAUGGGCAGACAGGUCUCAGGAGUUGAAUGUGGAUUGGAACUUGGAUACCGCGAAACAAGUCUUAGAGGCUUGGCAACGGCGCUUUACUGAGGAAAUCAAUGAAGACGUCAAAGACACUGAUGAGUUCAGUAUCCUCGCAUUUGACUCGACCUCUGUCACUGAUUUAUUAAAGGAAUUCUCAGAGACCAGCGUGUCAAGAAUUGCCAUAGGAUACAUGCUCAUGCUCAUUUACGCAUGCAUAACUCUGAAGCGCUGGUGUGAGCCAAUCAGAUCUCAUGGAGCCCUGGGGUUUGUGGGUGUGCUCCUAGUUACGCUCUCGGUGGCUGCAGGGCUUGGUUUUAGUGCAUUGUGUGGAAUAACAUUCAACGCUGCUUCAACUCAGGUGUUACCGUUUCUUGCCCUCGGUCUGGGCGUGGAUGACAUGUUUCUUCUUGCUCACUCUUAUUCCACCCUAAUACGGAGAGGAGAUAUCCGCCAUAUGGAAGAAGUUGGCUACUGUUUGGGGACCACUGGGGUUAGCGUGUUUCUGACGUCAUUCAACAAUAUGUUAGCCUUCUUCAUGGCGGCGUUGAUUCCUAUACCAGCCCUGAGAUAUUUUGCAUUACAGGCUGCUGUUGUUGUCAUCUUUAACUUCUUCGGAGUCAUCAUCAUUUUUCCCGCCAUGCUGGGAGUCGAUGUACAAAGAAUGAAACGUCAGCGAUAUGACAUAAUCUGCUGUUUGAAAAGGACGUCCAAGAAUCAAGGUAGCGAAGAAGUUCUGUCUAAAACCCUAAGCAAGUCUCCCCAAACGACUGACGGAGAAAAAAAUCAACAUAAACUUGAGCUUUCCGACGGUCAGACCACGUCUAACCCUUCCAACACCAUUGUCAUGAGCAAUGGAAAAUCAGAUUCUUCCAUCGCCGGGGUCCUAAUAAACGAGUAUGCUAAUAACUCGGACAAGCAGUCCAAACUGUCUUACGAUAGCGAAACAAGUAUGAUGAGAAAUCAUCUUAGCUCUAAUGCAUCACAGUAUGGACCUCCAAGUAGCGUAGUUAAUUCCUCAGUAAACGGUAACGAUGAUGGAUCCAUCCGGUCCAGAUGCGCACCAUUGUCACUUCAACAUUUUGCCACCGUUUACUAUGGCCCUGCACUGCAGAAAAUGCCGGUUAAGGUUGCAGUGAUUUUAUUCUUUCUUGGUGGUCUUGCCGCGGGAAUUUACGGCGCUUUUCAAGUGGAAGACGGUUUAGAAAUCACCGAAGUAGUUCCACGUAACAGCAUAGCGCACAAAUUUGUCGAAGCUCAGUUCAAGUAUUUCUCAUUUUAUCCUAUGGCUCUUGUUACACAAGAUAACUUUGACUACGCUAACAAACAGAAAACUCUAUUAUCCUACCACGAAGCAUUUAAACAGAUACCAAAUGUAAUUAGAAUUCCUGGUUCAGAAGAAAUUCCCAAGUUUUGGCUGAUGUACUUUCGAGAAUGGCUCAACGAUACUCAGACGUCAUUUGACCAAGACUGGGCCGAUAAAACCAUAACUUACGACGGCUGGACUGAAGCAGCAUCCAGCACAGGGGUUAUGGCCUACAAACUUCUAUCUCAGACGGAUGAAUCAGAUAACAUUGACCGAACAAAGACGUCAUUUGACCAAGACUGGGCCGAUAAAACCAUAACUUACGACGGCUGGACUGAAGCAGCAUCCAGCACAGGGGUUAUGGCCUACAAACUUCUAUCUCAGACGGAUGAAUCAGAUAACAUUGACCGAACAAAGGUUCGAAACUACAAGCUUGUGAGCGAUGGAAUCAUUCGUCCUGAAAUAUUUUACAAAGCUCUCACAGUUUGGAUCGACAGGGAUGUAUUGGGAUAUGCAUUUUCACAAGCCGACAUCAAGCCAAAGACUGCUGACUUUUCAAAUACCAGAUCUCCCCAAGAUGAUAAAGCAAUGAUAGUGGCUGCAGCUCAACCAAUCACGUUUGCAAAGAUCAACUUUAAUGUCAUUGGUCUUCAAGAAACGAAGGACUUUGUAAAGUUGAUUAAGGAUGUUCGAGAGAUUUGCGACAAAUAUGCUGAAGAAGGCCUCUCCAACUAACCCAGUGGCGUCCCCUUCACCUUUUGGGAGCAGUACAUCUGGCUUAGGCGGCAAAUUAUUAUCGCAAUUUCCAUAUCGUUAGCUGUGAGCUUUUUAGCUAUGGCAGUGUUGUUGUUCAACAUAUGGGCUGCAGCAGUCAUUGUGCUUGUGUUAGCGAUGAUUACAGUUGAAGUGUACGGCUUCAUGGGUCUGGCUGGUAUAAAACUCAGUGCUGUACCUGCGGUUACACUCAUUCUGUCUGUUGGGGUUGGAGUGGAGUUUACUGUCCACAUGUGUAUGGCAUUUCUGCACGCCGUCGGUGAUAGAAACCAGAGAAUGCAGAAAGCAAUAGAACACGUUUUUGUACCUAUCGUGGAUGGUGCCAUUUCAACGUUCCUAGGGGUUGUUAUGAUGGCGGGAUCUGAGUUCGAAUUUAUUGUCAGAUACUUCUUUAACCUUCUUGUAGCACUGAUAUGUAUUGGCACAUUUAAUGGCCUCCUAUUUCUACCGGUUUUCUUGUCUCUGGCGGGGCCUGGAGCUGUGGCAACUGAAGUCUCAACUCCCAACCUUUCAAAUUCAUUGGCCAUUCAAAACCAGGCAACAGCUCCUUCCUCUGCUGAGUCAGCGAUAAAUGAUUUGGAACUAGAGGAACACGAGCCCAGUGAUGUAACAAAAGGAAACGGGAAACCUUAUGAAAGGACCUAUCCGAUGAUUAAACAUGGGGCACAAGUGGAACCGGUACACGAUAAAGAAUCAAGGAGUUCAGACAUGACGACGGUUGAAGGGCCACGACAGCACGAGAUGUAUGAUGUCAACAUUUGACGCAAACAAACGAAACGGCUGGCUUACCAUUAAUACACCAGAAGACCUUUCUCGACGUAAUCUGGAGCCCGCUACUAACUACCAAAUAUGGAUCACCCGUCCCAGUGCUCACGGUCCUCGCGUUUUGUUUAGAGAAGCGAGCGUUGAAAUACCAUCGUGAAGUUAUUCAAAAUUCGACAUAGAAGGUAUAUUAUAAGCCCUUACUAGAAUUUUACUUCUAUAUAUUAUUAUUCCCACCAUGGAACAAGCUCUAAUGUAAUAAAAAAUAUGUAGAUAUCCUUGCUUGCCUCUCACAGGUAUCUAUGAUUCUCAACGGUUAUCUCUAUUGAAGCAAAUAGUGGUUCAAAUACCAUUAUUUAAAUGUAACCUAAAUAAUGUACACCAUAUAAUUAUUUAUUCUACACUUGACUGAUGCGUUAUAAUGUAAAACUUUGGGGCUAAGGAUAAAAGAAAUUAUUUAAACAAUGGAAUUUAUACACAACAUGAAUUAUGUUCACUUUGUUUACAUAUAAUAAUUAUAUUUUAUCACUGGAUCUUAAGUUAAAAUGCAUCAACUAUUUUAAUUUUUUGAAAAUUUUCAAGUUUUUUAAGUAACUGAAAUCAAAGUUAAGAAUUUGCAGAGGAAACACUUUGAGAGAAUGAUAAGUUUGUAAAAUAGCACCACAUAAAUGCCAAUCCAACAUUAUUUAUUUUAGGAAGGUACUUUUUUAAAAAUGAUUUAUUGGAAAAAAAAAAUGUAUUCAAUUCUAAAUUCCUAUAUAUUUGGAAUUAUAACAAAUAUGGCACACUAGUUUUAUAUUUGGUUAUCAGGAAAUAAUUGAUGGUUUAUAUAAACUUCUUUUAUUUAUCAAGGAAAAUAUUAAAUGUGAAAAGAAAAGGUGUUGGAUGCCAAACGUUUUCUUCAAUUUCAAAGUUUAAGGGUGCAGUAUACUUGAACAAGAGUCAACUUCAAAAGUUUAAGUGUAUAGGUAUUGUAUAAUUGUAUAACUUGUUUUAACAUUAUUUUAAGGAAUAUUUGAAGUUUGUGAUUUAAGAAAACCUUUUUUCCUGUUGACAAUUUUAUUGUUUUCAUUGUUUUUGUUUUGUUUUCCACUUGAGUGUAACCCUGACAUAAAACUGUACCCCACCCCCAAUGGGCAGUAGUCCCGAGACAAACUCAACCCCACCAUGGAGGGGCCAUUGAUUAAAAAGUAAAGAAUGGGUGGCCCUUUUUUCUUUUCUUUCAUUUUCCUGUAAUUUAGCCCUCCUGGCCCUGGCAAAAACAGAAAAUAAUAUAAUUUUCAUUGAGAGUGAGGCCAAUAGAGCAUUUUUACAUGCAAAUAAAAGAAUAAUAGCCUUGCCCUUCAUAAUAUUAUUAUAUCUCCCUGUUAGCACGAACAUUAUGAAUGGUCAGUUUAGUGGGCUGUAUAUCACUGUAUAGCCGCUAAAUGCAAAUGUUUGUUUGAAUGAAAAUCUUCCCCCUCUAUUUGAACCCAGAAAUGUGAUAAAUAUCUUUACUAAACUCUUGUUCCUGGUCUGUACCGUGAGUUAUGGAACCUAAUUUUUUUCACAUGGAUUUAUGGCCUCUGAGCUUCAUACACAGGCCAUAAAUCUGAGGUAAAAAAU